CAACCAAGAUACAACAUGUUCUCCAAAAUGACAUCAAUCUUCCUGCUGGCCACAACUUUGGUUGCCUUGGUCGCCGCAGUGGAUUACUGUGCUCUGCCCACCUGCCUGGACAAGCACAUUGCCUGCAACAACAAGGGAAACUUUAGCGAAGAGUGUCCCAAGGAUGUGCGGGAAGUGAACAUUCAGCCGCAUGAGAAGUUGAUCCUGACCCUUUUCAAUGAACUGCGCAACAACAUCGCUGGUGGCAACAUCGAGGGACUUCCCAAGGCAGCCCGUAUGGCGAAGAUGACCUGGUGCGAGGAGCUCACCCAUUUGGCCCUGCUGAAUGUGAAGACCUGCCAGUCGCUGCCCGACAAGUGCCGCAGCACGGAACGCUUCGCCUAUGCCGGGCAGAACAAUGCCAUCUUCAGUUACAGUGGCGCCGAGUCCGAGUACACGGAUGCGGAGAUCAUCAAGGAGCAGAUUGAGAAGUGGUUUUCGGAGCGUGCAAAUGCAUCCCCUGAAGUGCUGGCCAGUUUCCCGGAGGAGUUGCCCAACAAGAAUGUGGCCAAGUUCACCAUUGCCGUUGCCGAGAAGAACACUCAUCUUGGCUGUGCCGCCGUGCGUUUCUCCCGGGAUUACUACAACCACUUUGUGCUGACGUGCAACUUUGCCACAACCAAUGUGAUUGGCCAGCCUGUGUACACUCCUGGAGAGAAGGCCACCUCCGGAUGCAAGAAUCGUUAUGGAGCCGCCUUCGAUUUUCCCAAUCUGUGCUAUGCCAAGGAGAUCUACGAUAACGACAAGAUCGUUGCCGACAUCAGGGUGUUCUAGAGAGACAGAUGUGGCAUGUUUGUAGUUACUAUGUUGAUAUUGAUUGAUUGAUGCCGACACUUUCGGGAUGUAAUACACAGACUUGGGCUAUAAUAAAAAAUGCAACAAAAGAUUCCAAACAUAUAC